UAUUCAAAAAAUUAACAAAUCUUGUGGAUUUUAAAAAUAGGGGAUUCUCAAGGACUUUAGAACGACUCGUAUAAAUACCCAUUCGACUGAAUUGUCUCGUGCUCCACCCAAAUAUUUCACGCAGACUUUCUCCCCCAUAGGGUUUUCACGCCUCUGCUCUCGUACGUCUCGCCCAGCUCGCCUCUUCUGUCCCAGGUAUGUUUUGGAUAUCUUCUUCAUACGUUUUUGGAUAUCUUCCCUCCUAUUUCUAUGUUUUGCUGCGUAUGUAUAUCUUCCCUCCUAAUACAUAUUCUGCGAUUCUUCUAUUUAUAUUCCUGCCUAUUUCUAUGUUUUGCUGCCCUCUGGAAAUUAAUGAUAUCAUUAUUCCUAUGUGUGCUAUAUAUUUAUAUGUAUAUGUAUAUGUAUACAUAUGUAUAUUUAUAUAACAAGAUCGAACUUAAUGUUUGCCUCUCCACUAUCUUUUUUCAAAAGACUAACAGAUUGCAAAAGUGGCUCAUCAACUUCAUUAUAGUGCACUGUAAAUCAACCUCCACCAUUCGGAUAUGGUCUCUUGUGUAUGUUUUUUUCAACUAAAAAAAAUAAAAGCAAGAAGCCGACAGACAAGCCUAAAAUGCGUAGUACUCUGUUCAUAAGUAGGGAAUGGCAGUUGAGCUUUUUUGUUUACCUUUUUUAUUAUUAUUAUUACUAUUAUAAUUUUGUUGUUAUUUGGGUUUCUAUUUGCUUUUUGUACCCCUUUAUAUUUACAAAGUAUACGUACGAUCCAGUAGUAAUUCGAUCACUCCUAUUAUUGUUUUGAGAAAGAAUUAUGAACAGAGUACUACUACUGUUGCUGCUCUAUUUGGUGGACAACCUAAGCAAUCACAACUCGGCUAAGGACAUUCCGUAGAGUAUAUAAAAAUGUAUUUUCUAUUCCUGCCUAUUAUAGUCCAUCCGAUUUCAAUAUCUAUUUUUUGUUUUAUGUUUUUACUUUAAAAUCAUGGCGUGUGAGAUUUUAUAUAUAUAAAGAGGACUGAUUGAUUUUUAUUUAAAGGUGUGUUAACUAACACCACUAAUUACUAAAGUCAAACGGUAUGAGUGAGUUUGUCUUUACUGUUUGUGUGAUUGGUUUUACAUGUCUUGUAGAUGGGUGAUUCACAAGGUAAUGCAAAAAAAAGGAUUAUAAAACUUGGACCAUAGAAGAGAGUAAUGUCUUGCUUCAGCUAAUGGUUGAAAGUGCCAAACUUGGCCUUCGUGAUAUAAAUGGUGUGAUAAGUAAACAAAUGGUAGAGACCAGACUCCUUCCUAAACUUAAGGAAAAGCUUGGUUAUGAAAUUAGUUUUAAUCAUUACCAAAGUAGACUCAAAUGGUUUAAAAAACAAUACUCCAAUUACUCUCAACUUAUGCGGCACAACUCUGGAUUCGGAUGGGAUGCAUCCACAAAGAAAUUCACUGCUUCCGAAGAAGUAUGGGCUGACUACCUGAAGUCACAUAAAGAACAUGCACACCUUCGAUCAGAAACUUGUCCGGACUAUGAGGAUCUGAGAAUCGCAGUGGGAAAUGGAACUGCAACUGGGAUGGGUGCAAUUGGUCUUGGUGAAAAUACAGAUGCUACAGUGUUAGGAGUA